AUGAGCGAUCCUCCCGAAGAGCGAGAUGACGCUGGGCCCUCACGAAGCCCGACUACGCCUAGGGUCGCAUCAUCUAGCAUCACCAAAAACGUCACAAUAGCUACGUCCUCGGCUGCUCCCUGUGCAACAUCAGCAAUGAUCAACAGCAACGGCUCUGCCGCAGACACUCCCGAUGUCAUUCUGGAGCGCAGGAUCCCGAUCUAUGUCCGAUUCGUGCCCCGCGACAUUUGGUUACGAAUGCAUGUCGACCUUGCCAGCACAAUCUCGGCUGUCAAAGACGCGGCCUUGGAGAGAGCCGGAGUGCCUUUUGAAGAUCCUACAAUGAAUCCAGGAUUCUUCGAGGAAGUUACAAAUGCCUCUGCCCUCGCUUCAAUGUCAAAGAGCGGAUUGGGUCUGCCUCCAGAGGUCUCGACGCUUCCAAGAGGUUUCUUAGCUAGACGGCCUGGCUUCAUCGGCUCGGGCAAUAAUGGCGGCCCAACACUCGCUCUGUGGGACUCGUCUGUACCAAUCAGCUCACCUCGCCACAAGACCAAGGCAGCCUCGACCGCAUCUGCUGCUGCUCAGCAUUUACAUGGAGACCCUGGCCGGGGAGGCAUUGGAAAACUGGGGCCCGUUGGUGCUGGGUUCCCCACCGCGUACAGCCUUCCGACCCUGUCGAAUAGACGUCAACAAGCAACAGGCCCUAGCGCCGUUUCUCCCGGCAUUCAUGAUGCUACGAGUGAUGGAGAGUUGUUGUCCAUUGCCGCGUCGCCUCUAGCUGCAAGCGCAUCUGUGUCCCCAGGCCUCAACGUCAGGCCCAGUAGAAGGCCCGCCAUGCCGUCGAGCGCAUCCUCACCAGACAUCGAGACUCGCUCACACAUCAGACAGGUCACCAACCGGUCUGCGAGGCACAUGACCAGCUUUUCUGCUUUGGCCGCCGCCGCAGCUACUUCCUCUCCCUCGCCCACGUCGACCAGACAGGCACCGACGUCAUCCGACACUCACAGCUACGCUGCUGCAUCGCAAGCGGCAACGCCAUAUUCACUCUCCAGCGCUCCUGGUUCACCGUCCGUCGUCGUUUCGCGGCGCCAAGCGUUCAAGAAGGAGACUUCACAUCACUCGCAGGAUCUGUCACUCACUGCUGACCUAGACGCAUACACGGACUGGACGACAUAUGGGCUCCCGGGCAAUUCAGAGGCGCUACGGCUAGAGCAGGAAGCCACUGCGCGGACGAGGAGCCCGGCCCCCGGCGCGGAUGUUGCCCGCAAAAGUGGAGCGCUUAGUGCCGGCUCGUCGUCGGCCACCUCUACGGCGGUGUCUCGCGCUGCUGCCUACACCGCUGCGGCGACCGGCAUGUCCCCUUCCAUGAGCUCGUCAACUGCCGCGAGCGCCGACAUAGGUAGCUUCGGGAUUACGUCGCCAGAUGACGAGCUCUCGACGAGCGCCAGCACAGCCCCGGAGCCAGACGUCAUCACAGAAGCCGCAGAAGCUGAGCUCUCGAAGGACGGAGCACGCGAACAAACACCAAAUGCACAAUCAAAGGCAUGGCAAGGUGGGUCUCAGCCUGGCAGGCGCGACCGCAAACCAGCUUCGACCACACACCCCUUCGAUUCGGACGAGUAUGAAGAGUCAACCAGCGAAGAAGAAUCCGUGUGGGGUGACAUUGGAGAUGAAGCUGAUCAGUCUGGUCACAUGACUUCUGCGGGAAGAUCGUCCCUGUCCACCUCAUCCGAGGACAGCGAGAAUGAAUCUGCCCUCAGAACCAUUGACGACUCACAGCUUUGGGGCACACAAUUGGAGGAGCUGAUGGAGCAGAAUGCAGCAGCAGCAGCGGCAGCGGCGGCAGCAGCGCAGCCAUCAGCGGUUGGGACGCCGGCAGCAACUGGACAGCCCACUCGCUCCUCGCCGGCACAUGCGCGGCAAGCAUCCAUUCUUCCUGGGGGAGUGGCAAAUGCUUUAGCUGCUCAGUCGCAGCCGCGCAUACCGCGAAGAGAAGGCAGCGUGUCUUCAGAGCGCGCUAGAUCUGGGACCAUCACGGUCUCGAAUAUGCCAGUCCAGUCUCCGGCAGGAACGUCUGCGCCAGCUCCUGCGACCACGCCCGUUUGUUCAGAGUCGGAAGUAGUCAACCAUCUUGCGCCAAGCGUCGACCGGCUCGCAAGGAAGCCCCCAGCGAUUCGUCGCGUUGAAUUGGACGACGCCGAGAUUCACAGCAAGUCAUCGGAAUCCAGUCUCGGCAGCAACACACAGAGUCUAUCCCGAGACGGUGUCAAUUACAGCCAAUUGUCGACGUCUACGCACGCCAGUAGUCCCGCCAAGUCGGUCCCGCGUCCUUCCGGUAGGAUCGCAGGUAUACGCAUGGACGAGAUCUCCGCAUGGGAUCAGGCCACACAUCCCAUGUCGCCGCAUUACGCCCUCUAUUCAUUCACAAACGGCAUGCUCAUGGAGGACUGGCGAACAGUAGCAGCCUUCAAAGUGAGGCCAUUUGAGCUCAUCGAGGUACAGUUUGCCAGGCAGAGAGACCGUGUACACCUACCAAGAAUGGGCGAAGCCAAUCUGGCGGUUACAAGCUCUCAAGCCGCAGCUACCGCGUCGGCAUUAGCAGCUGCCAGUGCCAGAAUGCGUAUCAAAACGCCAGCAUUGGACGAGCGCUACGUGGAGCCUUUUAGUGAAGGGUGGUACUACGUCUUGAAGUCCAGUAGCGGCUCUGGCAAACAUUCUAAGGCUGGCUUAGGGACUUGGAAGCUUCGAUACGUGGUUGUGCGCGGAUGGAUACUUUCGCUCUUCAGGCAGAAGCCAAGUCGGCCCGAUUUGAGUGUGUCGCGCGGAAUCUUCAGUUGGCACCUAGGCACCACAAGAUGGGUCGUGACGGAAAGAGCAGACGGCGCAACCAGCCCGCCUUUGCGCUUUGGAAGGCUGGCGUCCGAAAGCAUUUCGAUCAAGUUCAACACUGGUGUUGCGACGAAUUAUUCUCAAGACGAUGGCGAGCUUGCCCACAGAAACUUGCUCACUUUGCGCGCUCUGACUGAACACGACCAUGAAGCUCUCUUCAGCAUUAUUGCCAGAGCGUACUACAGGCACGUCACAAACAGUGCCGACCCAGGGGAAGGCCUCAAUAUAGAAGCUUGGAGACGACGAGCGAUUGCUCGCGCGACCAUUGCUGGAAGAGGAGGCACUGUGCAGCCUGGCAGGGCAGGUCGAAGAGCAGGAAGGAAUGCACUGGCUCGUGCGCGACUUCGGCCGAAGGGCAUGAGUCGGGCCUUCGACGAUGCCGAUCGUUGGAGCAGCACGAGCGAGUCCGAAGUGUUCACGCCACCUCCUUCGCUCGUCAAUGCAAGCGAUGGCAAUGAGGCCGCGCCAGCGCCAUCCACGGCCCCGAGAAGCGCGUCAAAUUUGCCUUCGACACACAUGCCAUCAUUCCCCUCAAAUUUCAAGGGCAAGCAGAAAAUGGAAAGUCCGCCUGAGGCGCCCUCUUCCGCUUCGGAACGCAAGGCAUCGAGUGCUCUGAAGUUGUCGGAACCCGCAUUCCUGAGCAGUAGUCCUGCCGAGCAGAGUGCAAAGUCGCGACGCGAAAGGGAGGUCUCUUCAGCGCAGAGUGAUGGCAGUCAGCUCCUCUUUGCAGCCAAAUUCCCAUCCACGCCAAGCAAAGUGACCGCCGAUGGCACAGAGUCCUCGCCAAACCGCGCCGCCAUCGAUGGAGCAAACGCCGCCGAGCAACAAUGGGAUUCUCGCGGUUCGCCGCUGACCUCGCAUCGUUUCCUAACGGAGGUAGGGAAGUCUCCGGAGCGUACCAAGCGUAGCUGGCGCAUCUCUGCACAAGGUCAGCCCACUCCACGCCUGGCGGAUCAGCCAAAAUCAUCCUCCAUACGCUUUGACGCUCGUCCGCCCGCCUUUGAAGCUCCUGUCCGCCUGACCCUGACACCUUAUGCGAUCAGUGCGAGUCGUCCAAGCAGCCGAAGUGGCAGGACGCGCGCGCACACUGUCGCAACAGGUCAGGAUGGUAGACCAGCUUCGCAAGGCGGCAGGGACACCUAUUUGGAUGGAAGCGCUUCGCAUCUCCUUGGAGGCGGACACGAGAGCGCUUUGGCCGGAAUGCAUCACGCUGAUUGGAGUCCUUCGCACAGCAGCACAUUCCGUCCCUCGACUCCGACCAGCGCGACCCGUCUUCCGGACAUUUUGGACGGCAGUCUGACGGGUCUUACAGGUCAGGGAAUUCCGCGUCCAGCGGCUGAUGCAGGUGCAAAAGCGCAGGAAGCGACCUCAUCACCCACAUUGCACCCAGACUUCCCAGGCGCCCUCCAAUUUCACAAUCAUAGGAAGCGUGAAGAGUCUCAUUCAUAAGGUGGGUCGAGUGCCGAGGUGACAUUUCUCUAUUUUUUUUUCUCUCUCUCUCUGCGCAUCUUUCUUCUUUGAGGCUGACCAAUCGUUGGCCCAUGAACAGACGGACCAUUCGUGA